AUUUUCAGGAUCGGUGGUAAUUUAGGGCUGGCUCAAACAUCGUGAGGUGCUAGACCAAGCCGAGAAAGAAACCCAAGAGGAGUUUGCGGCGACCCAACAGGUCCGUGCGCUAAAACCGAAAGAAAGACACCAAGUGAGAGAGAAAAGAAAAGGCGCUAUAUAAAUAAGGAAGACACCCCACGCACGGCGAAUCGCGCUAUGCUACACACACUCGGAGCGGGGAGAGGAGCUCCGACAGCCAGCGGGGGAUAUGACAAUGAAUCGGACGUGAGAAAUUCUCUGAAAGACGGGGAAAGUGAAACGGAAGGCGGGCGUUUGGACAUCGCGUCCGAUCGAGUUAGCUUUGCUGCCGAAACUGAAGCGAUCGUGGAGAACCAUGCAGUAAAAGCGGGAGUCGCGGAGCAGGUCCGGACGUUGCUCGCUCCAGUCGCAGCAGAUAAAAGCCACCGUCGGCACCAACGAGGCGAUCAGGUCAAGCAGAUGCCCAAAGAACGGCAGAGACUGGCCAGGGAGAAGAAAGCUAGUCGAAAGUCACCCGAGAUCAGCAACGGAGUCAGUCCGACUACAGAACUAGCAAAUCCCAUGGUGGAAACGGCCACAAUCGCUUCAGAUGAAGACCUAAACUGUAGGUUAGGUCGUGUUCCGCAGGUGACCAUAACUCCAGAGGAGGGUGAUGGUCCUCGGGAGUUCCAAGAAGAUGACUGGAACGACCUGGAUGGUCCUCUUCGGCGAAAACAGUCCAACUCGUCAGUGUCAUCUGCCGGCUCCUCCACGGUUCUCGAGGAGUCUGAAGAUGACAUUCUUAGUGACAACGAGACCAAAAGCAAAGGCAUCGUCACUUUAGAGCCGGUGGAGGACUCGACCACGCAAAACAGAUCCUGGUCGAAGAUUAAGAGCCUCGUCCACUGGCCGUUUGUCUCGCACCGCAAGCGACUAUCCUGGAUUCAGCUCGCUGGACACAAAGGCAGCUUCAAGGCAGGCGAGGAGGGCACCAUUCUGAAGAAGUUCUCGGAGAACGAGAAGCUGUGCUUCGAGCGGCUGAGAGGGGAACGCCUGCAAGACUUUGCGCCCAAAUACCAUGGCGUGACAGAGCGUGACGGGGAAGCCUACCUGCAGCUGACAGACCUGUUGUAUGAUUUCGACGGACCCAGUGUCAUGGAUUGCAAAAUGGGUGUGAGGACGUAUCUGGAGGAGGAGCUGGUGCGAGCGCGGGAGAGGCCCAAACUGCGCAAAGACAUGUACGACAAGAUGCUGGAGGUAGACAGCGACGCCCCCACGGCGGAGGAGCACCAGCAGAAGGCAGUCACCAAACCGCGCUACAUGCAGUGGCGGGAGACCUUAAGCUCCACCCACACACUGGGUUUCCGCAUCGAAGGCGUCAAGAAACCAGAUGGUACCUGUAGCACAGACUUCAAGAAGACCCGGUCGAAGGAAGAGGUGAUGCAGGUCUUCAAUGAUUUCGUGGCUGGGAACAAAAACAUUAUUAGGUCCUAUCUGAGCAAACUGGAGCAGAUACAAAGUGUUCUAGAGGAUUCUACAUUCUUCACGCAGCAUGAGGUCAUCGGUAGCUCUCUGCUCUUCAUCCACGAUCGCACUGAGCGGGCUGAAGUGUGGCUCAUUGAUUUCGGCAAGACCACUGCGCUGCCAGAGGGAGAGAAACUUAACCACCGCAUCCCGUGGCAGGAGGGCAACCGUGAGGAUGGCUACCUGUUGGGACUCGACAACCUGCGCCAGCUACUAACGUCUUUGAUGGAACCAUGACAUCCAACUAUUGUCCGUCCUUUCUAUUACUUGGAGAAGAGUAGAGGUACUAGAAGGAAAUAAGUCUUGAGUAGUGGUGGUGUUUUAAGGGCUGCAAUUCACACGUCCUGAAGGGAGACCAAAGAGACAUGUACUACAUGGCCACUAGAGGGCACUGUUUGCAUCUUACAAAAGUUGUCAGAUUGCGUCUGUUGAACUUCAGUCCACUUAUUGCCAAAUAGUCAAUGUGUUUCCAUCUAUUACUGAAAAAUGAUUUGGGCAUAAUGCUGUCGCAGAAGUGUUUAUGACAUUUAAAUGCUCCAUAUGAAUUAGAGGUCAACUUUAAAAUUUUAUACAAUACCCUCUAAUUUUAAUGUCCGAAGUGUAUAUAUAUUUUUGUUUAUAGGAUAAAAUCUGAAAGAGCUGUGUUCACAAGUAAAGCAUUUAGCAACAGCACACUGCGGUAGUAUAUCUGUAAUCAUUAACAGCUGUCUGAAUGCACAUGGAAACUGUAACUGUGUAAUAAUAUGUCAAACCUGCAAUUAACCAGCCUUGAAAAUAUUGGAACAAAAAAACUAUACGACCCUUGUACCUAAGAGGCCAAACUAAGUCUGAUGUUUACGGGACUGUUCAAAAUUGUUACCUUUGCGCCAGCCCUCUAGAGAAUAGACAGAUGAAAAUCUUUGAACGCUACGUUAAUAACCGCUCUGAAAAAGUAAUUACGAGUAGAUGACUGAGUGCAAGGAUGCGUGCGAAUGGCAUAGGCUCACGCUGGCCGCCCCCGCGACGAAGGGGGACAUGGGGGACCCGAAGCGAGGGACCAUUUCGGCAGCACUGCCCAGUCAGGUGACCUCAGAGUGGGUCCAGGUGGUGCCAGCUUGUGUCUAAGACGACGUGUCUGUUUUACGCCAAAAAGAGGCCUCUGAUAUUCUGGCAGCCAAAAAAAAAACGACAAAGCAUGAUAUUGCAUAAUAUUGUGAAAGAUUAUGACAUUUAUGGUGGAUUGUAAAGAAGUGCCAAUCUGUUCCAGUGUAUAUACUUGUUAAAAUUGGAUACUGUACAUAAAGAAUUUUAUGUUUACAGCCUACAACACUACGUUUUACUUCCUUAUAACCUGUCUGAUUGCCUCUUUACCAAAGACUCAGUUUCCAGUUUUGUACCACGUUUGUAAAUAUUUUAACCUUUCCUUUAAAAAUUAGAUGCUGAAAUAAUUGAGCUGUCGAUCUUACAGAUAUUGAAGGGGUUUUUUUUUUUAAAUGACUGACUAAAUAUGUAUUUAUGGGGAAAGGGAAAAUAAUAUAUCACAAUUUUCCUGCUUGUAUCAUCUCUGAAAAGCCGUACUUUGUGGAAACAUUUACAGGCUAGACAAGUAUUUAAUAUAUUUAGAAUAUAUUUUCUGUGGCCUAUGAUGCUGUGUGAUAUACAUAUACAAUCAUUGUUGGUGGUUGCCCAGCUUCUACAAUGAGCUAGAAAGUGCAUACAAUGGUGAUAUACCCAUAAAACAUUUUCAAAAUGCCUUUUUACACAUGUUUUAAAUAUGGUUUAUGGAACUUAAGGCUAUUUGUAUGUAACUUUUAUUUUCCAUCCCAAUCUGGGUAACUAAGGGCUGGACACUUAUGUUAGUAGGGUUAUUGCUAGUUAACUGGUAAACACUAAGUGCUGUUGUACUGGCUUGACAAUCAUAGCAGGGACUCUGUGUCUUUAUGUUUUGGUCUUCAACCUUUUCUGUAGUAAAAAAAAAACAUUUGAAUUUA